AUCGAAAUGUGAACAGCUGUUUUGUGGUUAUGUGAGCGUGUUUUUAUUUUACCAACAAAAAUGUUUAAAAUUGGAAAAUUAUCUAUUAGCUGCGUCAAUACAAUUGCUGCACAGCGCCAGUUUACUCUAAGCGCUGCUCGUCACAUUGACCAGAAGUGGCGCGCCGCUAAGGGAUUGCCGGAGAAUCCCAAUGCAUUUGGGCCGCUGACAAAUCUGCCUGAUUACACAUAUUUGGAUGGCAGAACAACACCACUGGGUUCCAAUCAGAAGAAACGCUUGCUGAAGCAGCAAGAAAUAGCUACCAAAAUUGUGGAGCUCAGCAGCGAACUGGAGUUUGCGAAAAAGCGUCAUGCACAACUCAAGGCAAAGGCACAGGCCGAAAGGGAUCGUGUCAUGAAGAACAAGUUGAAGCCAAAGGGACCACUGCUCUUGAAGAAGCAGUGAGCCAAGAGUUUGUUUAAAUUAGUUCUUUAAUGUUAUAUCACAGCCUGACAGUAGCAGGUUGUUUUCAUAUUAAAUCAAAUUAAUAAUAAUUAAAUCUUAAUCAAUUUGUUAAAUUGCUGCUGACGCA